UAUUUUGGUUUCCAAACCACAAACCAGUCUUCUUCAGCGGUUCUCCCUCUGCCUCUCCCUCUCACCACCGACUGUCACUACCACUGUCGCUGGCCACCGUCCAUCCCCACCGUCGCACGUCGCCACCGCCAUCGCCGAAAUCACCACCAACACUGCCGCAAAUCACAGAUAUAUGCUGUCUCCAUAACAAUUCGGAUUGUGCUUGGUUUUAUGCUCCUAGCAUUGAUAUGGGAAUACGAUUUCCCGCCUUUCAUGGUUCUGAUAAUAGCAAUAUUGAAUGAUGGGACCAUCAUGACAAUUUCAAAAGACAGGGUGAAGCCAUCUCCGAAACCUGACAGUUGGAAGCUUAAUGAAAUAUUUGCAACCGGUGUUGUCAUUGGCACUUAUCUUGCUUUAAUUACUGUCUUGUUUUACUGGGUUGUAGGAAGCACUUCUUUCUUUGAGAACCAUUUUGGUGUGGAGUCUCUAUCCAGUACUGAAGAAAUUUCAUCAGCUAUGUAUCUUCAAGUCAGCAUUAUCAGCCAAGCUCUUAUAUUUGUUACCCGCAGUCAAAGUUGGUCAUUUAUGGAGAGGCCUGGGAUUCUCCUGAUGUGUGCAUUUGUUGUGGCUUAAUUGGUAUGAGACCUUGUUACUGAAAGACUUUUACAAACUCGAGCUUUUCCACUAUCAAUUACUGCAAUAGUUGUUGAUCCAACAGAGAUGAAGUUAUUUUCUGGUGGUAUAGAUUACUAGUGGAUAUUUAUUUUUUGUAUACGGAGGACAUCAUUUUUGUAUGAUUAUCUGUUUGUAUAGAAUUAUUAUUUUGGGUUGGAUUAUAUUUGGUUUGUAUAGAAUUUGAUGU